AAGCUCGAUUGGGCGAAUGGUCACGGCACAACCUGCCCAAAUGAAUUAAAAUCGAUAGCAUUGGCAGCUAAUGAACCCGGCAUGCAGAGUAGUAAUGAUACAACUCCCGUAUUGAUCAAUGGUGUAUACGCUGAUGACAAUGACUGGCAUGCAGAUGAUUCCAAAGACCCUACACUAGCAACUGAUAAUCCAGAUGAUAGGGCCGAAAUUACAAUGCCUCCUUCCGAUGUUCUGGCGCCUGCAACCGACCAGACCGGAGAUCUGGGCGACCAUGGGCUUGAUAGUGACAUAGCACCACAGUACGAGAUAGAUCAGAUACUCACCUCUACAGCGCUACACACAGAUAGUUCACAGCAGCAAAUACAUCAGUCCCAUACCCACACAGAAUCUCACGAAUCAUCUGGAGGGAUCCUUCAUGGGUCUCCUCAUAUAAGCACUACAGCUGGUACUGAUACUGAUACCCGUCACAACUCGUUAAAUGCCUCAGACGAUGGGACCGCGAAUGCGUUUAAUACUGUGCAUGGCUCAUUGCUAUCAUUUGACACCUCAACAGACAGCCAAAUCAUUCGGAACUCCUUCACCGCAACCCAAUCGGUAUUUCACGCUCAGGUGCAUGCACAGGCCAACGCCCUCGCACAAGUAGUGUUACUGAAGCAAGUAAAUUCUCACGUACCACAGGCUGCUCACACACCUGCCGCCUUGGGCAGCCCAUCACAGACAGCUUUGUCUGUGGAUAGCUCGUUAACGAGUGAGGGUUGGGGAUUAGCUACUCACGACACUAGCGAUUGUGACACAAAUAUGAACAAAAAGGCUGCAGCGGCCUCCUCCUUGCGCAAUUCCGUAGCACUUUCGGAAACUCAGGAUGCAAAGACAAAGGAUAGAAAAUUCAGGGCGAGGAAGAGGAAGCGUAUAGUCCAUCGGCAAUACGCGAGGGAUGGUCGAGAUGAGGGGCGUGAGAAUACUUUUUUCGGGUUAGCAACCGCGAGUGCUGUGAGAGUCUCCUGUAGUUGGGGCGGGUGCGACCAACAGCAUGUGUACGAUUGGAACAGGAAUGGGUGUGACUCUCUCUUCCGGGAGCAAGGGAGCUGAACGGAUUAGUGUUACGUGAACCAUCAUUUUAGUCCGUGUGGCUGCAGUUGGGGGUGUGGUUGGGCUAAUGUAAUCCACGCACGACGUCAUCCAGUGUAUGGCAAGAUCGUUGGUGAGGACAGUUCUGAAUCUAUCUUGUCUGAUGCCAGACUAUGUUGUAGUCAAUGGUGGCAGACGUUCCAUAAACACGUGCGCAGGAUACACAAAUUGUGCGAAAGAUAUACAUGCACUAAGACAGCAACCACUGAGUUCUACUUGUUACUCAAUGCAGUUGUGCAAUUCAUCGAGAUGGGUACACUACCGACCAGUGCUAUUCGAGGAAAAAAAUAUUGGUUGCCCAUUGACUACUCUCUCAACAUCCAUUACACUCAUCAGCAGUCGCACAAGUAUACUCCGAACAACAUUGAUUUUUACGCGAUGAUCUGCAAUGCGUGGAGCGGUGAGAGUGAUACUCAUAUCGUAGCGAAGUGUGCCUGUGAAGGCAUAUACAUAUUUGCAGAUGAGCGUCGCCAGAGCUAAGGAGAAGAAAAUAUUGUACAUACAGGUCUUUCGGCGAAAGGUAGUCUCUACCCAAGCUUCCUUGCUGUAUUGUUUUGCACCAAUAUCGGGACCCGUUUUUAAGUGGUGACUCUCUUUUCUAGCUUGCAUUUUACGACAUGUUUGUCGAACAUGACAUUCAAUGGCAGCGGUCACGCUGUGUACCCCUCUGAGCCGCACAUACACUCUCCCGCACCAGAGCGUUCUAUUGGAUCGAAAAUGGUGCAAGGAGUCGGCGACACAUCAUGGGCGGCGGUGCAAUUGAAUUGUAUCAUAUCCGUUGUUCUCGUUCGAUAGCUUGAGUAUCUUCUCCAGUAGGGUUUCUUCGUCCAGAUAUCAUGUUGGGUAGGCCGGCUCGCCGCCUUGAGCCCCUUCUCGUUAACCAACGGAUAGAGCAUUCUGGUCAUGCCGAAUAGACAGUGAUGCUGGCUCUGCCUGAUGAGUAGACGUUGCUGGCAAUAUUCGUCGAACAUGAUUUGAUACACAGUUGUCCCCUACAAUCAAAUGGUAUGCGCGCCGCCAAAUACUUCUCGCGUUCACCACUUAGGGAGAAAUUAUAACGUUUUGAGGCGAGCUGCCCCAUGGCUUGUAGAUAGCGGGCGGGACCCAGACUGGUUGAAUACCUUGAGCGAUUCAUGUGCGGUAUGAUCAAAUUGCACAAAACUUUGACACCACAAAUAAAUUAUUACAACACUGA